CGCAAUGAGCGGAGUCUCUAUGAGCGCCGCAGAGCUUUCACACUUUAAUUCAUCACAGGAUUGAGUUAGAGAGGAUUGCUGGGUUAGAGAAAUGGCAGUUGAUUUAGCACGCGGUGAUGUUAGAGAUCUGGAGAAUUAAAGCGCAGUUUUGUGUGUUUUAUGUGUUGAAGUUGGUGCGUUUGGAGUAAAACACCUGAGCCACAGCAGAAGGCGCACAUAUCGACAGAGAGGCUUUUAUUGCUAGGUAGAUGACUUCAACUGGAAUUUUCUAAUUUUGCAAUCUAUAUAGGAGUGUGUGUGUGUGUGUGUGUGUGUGUGUGUGUGUGUGUGUGUGUGUGUGUGUGUGUGUGUUUAAUAAACACCUUGAUAUAUAAUAAAUAGCUCGUUUGCAUGAUGGCCCUUGUACUAGAGGGCAAAGAUAUGGACAAGUGCCUGAAACGUUUCAAGCAGGAAAUGAUCUACAUCCGGGAGACAGGCGAUGGACUCCAGACUCAGAUGAACUCUAUGAUGGGAGCUUUGCAGGAGCUGAAACUUUUAAAGGUGCAGACUGCUCUGGAACAACUUCAGAUUUCCUGCAAGACCAGUCAGCUUUAUCGACACUCUCCUCACAGACCCACAACCUCAGAUACUGCAGUCAAACAUCGUCUGGAUCAUAUUUCAGAACAGCCAAAAAAACAUUUCUUUGCAAGAGAAUCAAGUCUGCCUGACCUAGAAAUGGAAUGCUCUACAUUCCUCACCAGCACACCAUUUGAGAAACAUAGUCUGGUUCCACACCAUGUACCUAGAAGGCAGGAACCUAGAGGAACCCAAAAUAGAGGAAGUCUGUGCAACUCUGCUUCUAUCACCAGCUCUGAGGAUGACAGUUUCUCCUCCUGUGAUUCUCGAGACAGUGUCCCUUCAAGCAACACUGCAAGCCAUUCAACCUCAAGAUCCCCUUCUGUGGCACAUCAACCUUCAUUCCAUUCAGCCACAAUAGCUGAGCUCCAAGGAUUAAUGAACACACUUUCACGGGAAGGGCCCUCUAUUGACAGUGAUUUUUCUCAAUUCGACACAGAAGACUCCAGUGACUGGACGUCCUCUCUGAUGAGUCAAACCCGAAACAGGCAGCCACUAGUGCUAGGAGACAAUGUCUUUGCUGAUUUAGUGGGUAACUGGCUGGACCUGCCUGAACUGGAGAGCCAUAUAUCUGGUGAGGCAGACAGUACAGGAAGGAUUGCUGAAGCAUCUCAGCAUCCACUACGACUCAGCUGCUCUCAGGAAUUUUGUAGACGGCUCUCUCUAACCACCAGCAUUUUCAAAAAGGUCUUGCGCAGCAUUCGGCCUGACCGGGAGAAACGUCUUAAAGAAAGACCAGGAUGGUUACAGCUAGAGGAUGAGGAGGAAAGCCUCUAUAAAAGAGCCAAGAAGAAGAAUAAAGGGUCCAAACCUAAAGAUAGUGUCUACAGACCCUUCUGGACUAGAGCUGGUGGUUCAAGAGGAAAAAGCAAACCAAAACAAGACAAUACGGAGAUCAAAAGUUCAAAAGGGCCAGGAUUUGAUUACAGCUCUGCAGUCUGGGUUUAAGCUAUUCAUAUAAGCACUGAUAAUCAGGUGUAAAAAUAGGGGGCUUAUUUAACAUAUAAGUGUGGAAUUACAGCAAGUAAUAAGAAAAAAAUUAAGACAAUACUCAGGACUUUGACAUUUAGUAUCCAAUCAUGAACACAUCCCCAGUGUGUAACAGAGUGGGGGUUUGUUUAACUCUCUCUUUCCUGUCAUCAACAUUGUUGUUCUGAAGGCAAAGGUACUCAUUUUUUUUUUUAGAAAACGACAGGUUCCCAAGGCCCAAGCAUGUAAUUACCAUUAUUAUACAUUCCUUUAACAUAGAAUCAUUCAUAUACACCACAUAUUGUGCUUUCAAGUAAGAAUGUAGUGCUCUCAAAUUAUCUAGUUUAUAAUUCCAAAAAAAAUUGAGCAUAUCAAGACAUUUUUGUUAAGGUCAUGUUGGAGAAAAACAAGCUGUCUAUUCCAGAUGAGUCGAAUUAACUAAUGUCAAUCUGCUCAUUGAUUGUCUGCCUGUUUAGACAACCUUUAAGGUAGGAGUGUCCAGCUGUCAGUCACAAUCAAGUGCUGAAUACCAAGCAAAAUAAGUAUCUAAAAAAUCCUUAUAGAAGAAACCAAAAAUGUUACACAAUAAAAAACUACACAAUAAAGCUUAAAAUGUUUGUAUCAUAUAAACAUGUUUAUGUUCUGCAAAUGCACUUCCAUUGACAAUGUUCCAUAUUCUGUAUGUUCUUGUUUUCUUAGAAACUCAUGUAUGGCAAACAUAAUUUCUAUAUGAGCACAGUGACCCAGUUAACAUGCACAAUUAUUGCACACAGUAAUGUUAUGAUUAACUGAUCAACUGAAAUUAUGUUAUAUAUCCGGUCAAAUAUUCACUCAGAAUGAACUAAUGUUUAUACUGAACAUGUCUGAAAUCUGUGUACUUUUUGUGAAUGUCCAAGCUUUAAUAUGUACAUGAAAGACCUUAGCAUGAAACUUUUUUUUUUGCUCUAAUUAUUUUCUAUAACGGCCAAAGACCUUCUUUGUGACAAAUCAAUUUAUGUCAAUAUUGAGAAUCUAAUCAUUCUUCAUUAAAGUGUUCUAUGCAAAUGUAUGAAAUGA